UUCGAGACCUCAACCUCGAAUGUCAGUUAACACCCACCCCUCUCAAACGUGCCUUCCAUCCUCGAGGUCACAGCUAGCAAUCACAACUGCCUCGUCGACAAGAUGGCGCCAAUUUCGUUCCUCGUUGACAAAUACCGCCGAUAUAAGAAAGAUACAGACGAGUUUGUGCAAUGGCUCGCCGAAACCGCCACCAAAGCUGCUUCCGUCGAUCACCUCUUCGUCGACGCGUCACCCGAAGGCGUAAACACUGCUCCCGGUCGGCUCAAGGGAAAGGCUAGGAUCCAAGCUAAGCAACAGAGCAAGCAGCAGAAUUCUGCCUCUUUUCGAGUACCGCUGAAGUCUUUCCAAGAAUUGGCCGACUCGAUCGUCUCUGCCAAGGUCGCUGUGCCCGCCAAUAUCUUCAUCAUUCUCCGCGACUGUAUUUCGGCCAGGAAGGAAUGCGCGGCUUUCUAUGGGGCCCACAGCGACAAGCAGGACCAGAAGAUGCAGCAGGAUAACGAGGCCCACCAAUAUUUCAUCAGCGUCCUAGAAGGCCUCCGCCAGACCCUGCAGCCAAUGCGCGUCAAGCAGCAACAGCAGAAGAACAGGACCACACACUCAACCGAAACGGACGGCAAGGCCGAGGAGAGCUUCUCUAACAUGUUCGAACAUCUUGAAUUAGAAGAAGCAGACGACAAUAAUCCUAGCUGCUUCCCGGCCCCAACCGCAACCGACAUUGGGAAGCGCCCUUCCAAGAUCUACCGAAUGGAGCCAUCAGAUGAGGAUAUCUCUUUCGCAAUCUAUUGCUUUCUCAAGGACUGCACCGAUGUCCGACAAUUUGUCGACCGUACCUGGCGCGAAUACAAAGAGCGACGCAUUCCUUUGACGGUGGCUGCGACAACAAUGAACUCAGCUAUAGAGAUCUUCCGACGAUUAAAUGAGACAUUUCUCGAAGACUAUCCCAACUUUGACGAUCAUGAGAAGAUUGUUGCUUUCCUAUGCCGCGACAAAUUGAGGGCUAUGAAGCAAGACUCGGGCAAUGCAAGGAGAGACAGGCUUGGAGAACACGAUAUCGUUGACGAUGGAAUGUCGCUUUUGAGAAUGACGUGCGCUUCUACCAUGAUCAUCCUUUUCAAACGUGUCCUGCUGCGGCCCUUGCGUCCGGGCGAAUCUCUUGUCUAUAACAAAGAUAGACGAACCGCAAUAGGCGAGGCACCAAUGAUCCUCCGGGUCUUCACUUUCAUGCUAGACAUGAUCUACGACAAAAGAUGGAGGACAGACUAUGUUUGGAGGCUCGAUCUACUUCUUGCAGCCCUCGAAGCAGCAAGAGAGUCCGGCAAGGCUCUUACCUGGGCCGUUUUUGCUGUGCAAACCUUCCUUGAUAUGCACGCCCAGCUUGGACGAGUAGCGGAAACCGCCUUCGAUGAGCUGCAUAAGACUGGAGCCUGGAUCAAGACAUCCCUCGAACACAACUACAAGGUGGGGAAGGCAGGUAAGUGGAACUUCCAUGAACCUGGCCAUACUGCCAUCCUAGACCUCAUACACAGAACGACCGAGGAGGAUUAUAUGACCAGUGGUCUCCAAGCGCCCGAGUUCUUCCGAGAGGCCCUUACCGCUUGGGGAUCACAUUUCAUGUUUAGGCACCAUCCGAUGAUAUGUGGCCUGAUCCUGCAGGACCUCAUCAUGUUGCUCCAUGACCGCGGCAUAGAGCACGACUCCCACCACGGCUCCGUCCUUGGUACCAUCCACCUCUACAACGCUGCUUUGCAGCUCGGCUUCUUACCGCCUUCAGCCACGUGGGCUGACCUGGAAUACGUCAUAGCGAAGAUAGGCGAGCGCGCUCUCUUUGUUGGUGAGCGACCUCGUACGUUAAGGGAUUGUUAUAUUCGCUUAGCACUCGUGAUGGGUAUUAGCAUCAGCAACUUCACCGGCGCACAUACCCACAAGAAGGGGGGGUUGAAAUACGCCAAGAAGGGGCGGAAUCUCGAAUACUUUUCCCAAUGUGUGAAACUAAUUCGCGGCUCGAAUCUCAAAGCGGACCAGACGGGGAUGAUUAAGGAAGUGAGCCGAGCGCUCGGCGAACCUGUCGCUAUGUUCGAGACACUAGUAGCGGCACACCUCGAUGCCCAAGCCGGAAACAAUACCGCUAGGAAGAGCCGUCCUACUCUGACGCCUCUACAGACCUUGUCGGUCUUCAAAGAUGCCAUGGAAGCAGACGCCCAGGUGCUAUGGUUCGACAUGGUUAGCCUAGUGGAUCGAUGCACUGAGUUUCUCCGAAGCAUUCAACCGGUCAUCUUGGGCCACGUCAGGGAAUCUAAACUCAUGUCUGCGUGCCUGGUGUGUCUGGAUCCUCGUCUAACACCGGACGUCAUCAAAGCAACAUCCGCCCCGGUUUGGGUCCAUAUGGCGAGGCUCAUCCAGAAGGAAGGAAACGCUGAAUUGCUUAAGGCACAAGAGCGCAUUGAUCUGUCUCAUGUACUAUACACGGGACGCAAAGAGACGGACUAGGAAGCAGUUCAGCGCUUGUCGGUAAGAGACCAUCGCGCUUAAAUGGAAAGUUCCUGGCCUCAGGAUAGUCACAGUUAGUGGCAUGGUAAUAUCUGCGUCUUGCUAGUAGACCCUAGCCUAGUCACCACGAUGAUGGGUCCUUUGUCCUAUUGAUCUACCAAUACC